GGACGGUGGAUUGCGCAUGCCGGAGGUUUACCGAACAGAUGUUGUCCGAUGGACGUUUAGUAGCAAAAAUCUGAGAUACCGGUGAGGUCACGAAUGUCAGGGCAAAUUGCGCGGGAGCCUGGAGCACAUGACAACGAGGUUCGCAAUGCCACUGCCUUGUUAUCUCUAGCCUCUCUGUACGUCUUCAGGUUUGUCGUCUGGAAUGUACACCCCUGCAACAACUACGACAAGAUUGAUCGAUCGAUGCCCGGUCGACGACAAACGCCAUGAACAUUCACUGGACCUUGAAGUUGCUGAGAAACUCCAUCCGACCCGCAAUAUAAGUCGUAGCUCUCGCUCACGGCAACCACUCUUCAUCUCCUGCUUGAGCACGAAGCUCAAGCAGAAGCACAAGGAUCUCAUGCAAGACUCGAAUGCAGAAGUUUCUCCGAUACUCGAUUCGAACGACAAGUAUUUUGUCAAACGACUGAAAUGCAGCACCUCAUGGACCUUUCGUUGGACCUUGCGUUGUUGAAAGUUGUACAUGAGGACAAGACGAGCACGAUCAUGAGCCUCUUCUUUUUGUCUCUGAAGCUCGGUGCAUGUGACGAUUUGGUCAAAUGCCUAGUGCAAUUCAGAGUUCUAUUCCAUAUUUUAUUGCACGAAAAGUGGACUCUCGCGAGACUUUGCAUGAUCUUCGCCCACCACUCGACGAUUAAUGCUGGCGCAGACGAUUAAUGCUGGAGCUCUGGAUGUGCAAAAACGAAAUUGAGCUUGAGGGAGCUCGAGGGAGCAGCUGACUGAACACAUACACAAACAAGUAGAAGUGAAGAGUGAACUCCUACGACAAAAAAGGAAAUAGAUCUGCAAAGGAGGAUAUACCACUUGGGAAUUGGAGAUGACGUAAAGAUUGGAUGAUUCGAUGGGUCGGAGAAUAAAUCCACUGAUUGUUCGAGAGCCUUGGAGUCCGAUCCUUUUAAGACUUGGGUUUGUGCUCAGAGCUUUUCGGCGCUCUUACGUGCAUGGAUAUUCUGCACCGCCACGCGGUGGAGGCAGUGGAGUGCGGCUGGAAUAUUCAUUCAGCUGUCCGUCCGUCGUUCACGAGGAAUUUCCUUCGCGCAUCUCUCCAAACUGCAGCCGUGCUAUGGAGCCAGCCAGCGAGGCUCGUUGAAAUGCUUGGAGCCGUGUCAAGAGCGCAUCCCGAGGAGAACAAAUCUCUCGCACAGAGCUGAAAUGGGAGAGAGAACAACAGAAAUUCAACAUCAUGGCCUUCGAAUCUAGAAGAUGGGAAGAUGGGAAGAUGGGCCAUUGCCUCGAGGUUCCAGCUAUUUUUCGAACAUGAGUGUAACCUCUCACUUGCACAGAAAGCCAGCCAUCGACUUCCCCUUGAGUUCACUCCAGCACUAGGAGUGAAUUUGAGGAGUAAUCUUACUUAUGCCCAUGCCCUUCCAAUUUCAAAGGACUUUCCUAAUGCUCUCUGUCUACAUUGGAUCUACUG